AUGGCGGGUCUCUCCAUCUCGUCGUACAGCUUCGACCAUGUCAUUCUCCUGCUCGAUACUGCGGACUUUGAAAACCCGCCGGAGUGGUUGAGCAAGAAUUUCACCAUCAUCGAGGGCGGGACGCAUGCCGGCGGCUCUUCGCGCAACAAGCUCAUCGUCUUUCCCGACGGGACAUACAUCGAACUGAUCAACUGGAUCAGCGAACCCAAAGAAUUCUUCGACUGGGCCAACAAACCGCCGGGACUCAUUGAUUUUGCGCUCACAACACCCACUUCCGUACACGACACGUUCGACGAAGUCACUGCACGAUUAGAAGCCGACGGCGGCAGUGGAGACGGCGGACUGGGCGUCAAAUACAAGCUCCCCCUCGCUGGCGGGCGGAAACGCAAAGACGGCCAACACGUCCAAUGGCACGUCACCAAGCCGGUACUUGCCAGCGACAGUGACGCCGCGCCCAACCUGCCCGUGCCGCUCGACAAGUUCUUCCCCACAGGACGCCUGGACACACCGUUCUUCUGCCACGACGUUACCGAGCGGGCGUUGCGCGUGCCUUAUGCCGAGAAGCACAUCUCCGAGACGCACCCCUGUGGCGCGAGGGGGAUUGUCUCCGUCGAGGUGGUCGUGCCGGAGGAGAAAAUCGACAGUUACAUUCGCUUGUAUGGGUCUGUGCUGGGCGUCGAGGCCAACGUGCAUGGCGGGUAUCGGUACUCGCCGACGACGAGUGUGAGUUUCCUGCUGAGCACACCCAACGCGGACGAGCCGGCGAUGAAGGCUCUCAGGGGCAGGGUGGGUGUUGAGGUUCGGGCGCCUAGGGACCAGGAUGACGAGGCGUGGGUAAGGGAGCGGGGCGUGGGGAUUAGGGAAGUACGCAUCUUCGCGGAGGCCAAGGGCGAGGAUGAGGUGGACGAGGCGCCGCUUGAUAGCGAGGGCGUUGGAGCGAGUUUGGUCCUGGUCAAGGAGCCGGCUGGGUUCUGGCAGGAUGGACCUCGGUGA